CUCGCGCCGACAGGGGUCUUCAGAUCCGCGCCCAGCUGGUCCGCAGGCCCGUCCCCUUCCCGCCGACUGGCCUGCUCGUACUGUCUGCACGGCCGCUGCGUAGACGCCUAGCGGGAGGCCCGGCCCGCAUCCUGCCCGGGGCCCAGAGCGCAACGGAGCAAGACCCGCCUUACAGCCGCCAGGGGAGCCCAGCGCUAUCGCGAUAGCUCCCGAGACACUUCCGGGCCGCGUCUCCACGGAAACGCCACUGGGCUCUCACCCGGGUCCGAACACGUGCGACAAGUGGGAAAAUGGGAGUCAAGAAGAAGGGGGCACAGGUCACUGCUCUGACCAUUUGUCACCGGGACCUGGAGACACUAAGCUCUCUGGCCGACGUGGAGGGGAGAAACCUAGCAUCUCUGCUCUUACACUGCGCACAGCUCUCUGAUGGGGUGUUGCAGAUCCGACAGAUCAAAGAGAUUGUUCCUUUACUAGAGAAGACAAAGAAAAAUGGCGUGUGUGACCCCACAAUUCCAAGUUGCCUGGAUGUGUUAGCUGGCAUUUAUCUUUCUUUGAAUCAGAAGAACCCCCUGAAGAAAGUCUUGGCAAGCUCCCUCAAUGGCCUCCCUGAUUGUUUUCUGAUGGAAGCUAUACAGAGUUUUACUUCACGUCUUCAGGAGGAACUCAGCACUACUGACCUGCAUAUGUACAGGAACGUGAUGGACAAUUUAGCUUCCUGCUUGGAGAACCUUCACCUGGGCAAAGUAGGUGUUGGCCGUCUUCUUCAGCACGUGCUUCCAUUUCUACAGAAGAGUUUGAGUGAAAUUUCUGAGGAAAACAGAAAAUCCGCUGGAAAUCGUAUAGUUCAGACUCAACUGAUGAAUGACUUGUUGGUGGGUGUUCGAGUGUCUGUGAUGCUAGUGCAGAAACUUCCAGCUUUCCAGCAGGCUCAUCUGGAGCUGCCUGACUCUCCCAUGUGGCAGAGUAUGUGUGCGCUUCUGACCGUCUUCACCGCUCUCUUAACUAAUGAUGAGCUCCUGCAGACCAUUCAGAGUACCUGCGGGCUGGCUGUCAUUCUCUUCAUUAAGGUCAUGCUUCACCCUCCUGAGAAAAUUCCAGAGCUGGUGAGCAGUCUGCUGCGUGGCUCCGUGGACUGUGCCCACGUCCCUGAGUGGCUCCUGAGCUGCUGUGGGAGCUUGUGCUGUGCUGAUGUCCCAUAUGCCGCCCGCCUCUUCCUGUGCCAGGGAACACUCAGCAUGCUGGACUGGAAGGACGUGUGCUGGGGCCUGGACACUGAGCGCCUGCUGCUGGACACAGUGCAGGUGUUGUUCACCCUGAGCACUGAGAUUAAGGAGUCGACUCUGGAGAUGUUCCUGUGUAGAAUUUUGGCAUCUUGGACUAAUACGGCCAUACAAGUUCUCCCGUUGGGAUCCUCAAGCCUGAAGGACAGCCUGCAUGGGGGCUCACGCAUAGUCAAGAGACUGUUGGAGUAUGUAUACACCCACUGGGAGCAUCCCUUGGAUGCGCUGAGACACCAGACCAAAGUCAUCUUCAGAAACCUUCUGCAGAUGCACCAGCUCUCCUCAGGCGAGUGCAGCCUGGGUACUGAGGGCUUCAUCUCGGAGCUGACCCAGAGCCUCCUGCAGCUGGAAUGGCACAUCCGGGGCAAGUACAUGGGCCUCGCCUGCUUGGUAGCCCAUGUGGGAGUUGACCCUGUGCUGGCUGUGGCUCACACAAUCCCUUCCCAGAUCUUAGAGGUGAUGGGGGAUCAAGCACUGGUACCGUAUGCAAGUGACCUCUUGGAAACUAUGUUCAGAAAUCAUAAGAGUCACCUAAGGUCCCAGAGUGUGGAUAGCACUUGGGUUGACCAGUGGCACGAGACUUGGGUUGCUCCUCUGCUUUUGAUACUGUGUGAAGGAAGUCUGGAACAGAGGUCUUAUGUCAUUGAUUAUUACUUGCCGAAAUUACUGGAUUGCAACCCGGAAAGCUUAAGCUACAUGGUGAAAAUUCUUCAGGCUUCUGCUGACAUUAAGGCUGGGUCUUGUGAGAGCAGAGGGGCCUUGGGAGCACUCAUGGCAUGUUUGCGGACAGCACGGGCUCAUGGGCACCUGCAGUCGGCUACUGAGACCUGGCGGGACCUGGUAUCCGGUGCAAGGAUAAAGCGAGGCCUGGUCCACCAGCACUUCCAGGUGCGGAUGGACACGCUGGGCUUGCUGUGCGAGAGCAAUCGCAGCACGGAGGUCAUCUCGGUGGAAGAGGCACAGUGGAUCCAGUUCUUCCUUACACACACUCUGCACAGCCAGGCCCCAGGGGUGCGGCAGCAGACCUGCGCACUCCUGAAGAAGCUGUUUUUGAGGGUGCGGGAAAGUUCCCAGGUGCUUUAUAGACUGGAGCAGAGUGGCUUGAAACACAGCCCUGGGAGUGAAGCAGACGGCGAGCACCCAUCUAGCAUUCUGCAUCGGUACAAGAAUUUCAUGUCCUCCAUUUGCAACACUCUUUUUGAAGCAUUAUUUCCUGGCUCCUCCUACUCAACCCGCUUCUCAGCACUGACCCUUCUGGGUUCCAUAGCAGAAGUCUUCCCUGCCCCAGAAGGUCCAUCCCAGAGUGUGUACCAGCUGAGUGAUGAUGUUGAUGCUGGCCGUGUCCAGACGCUGGUGCACUGCUUUACCAGUACGUUUGAAGACGUGAAGCUGUUAGCCUUCGACCUUGUAAUGAAGCUGCCAAGAAGUGUUGCACACUUCCAGGAUGAGGACAUGCGGGGCUUGUUUCAGGCGGCACUGGAGCUGAGCACGAGCACCAAGCCCUAUGACUGUGUCACAGCCUCCUACCUGCUUGCCCUCCUCAUCUGGCAGGAUGCGCUGCCCCCAGAACUCUGUGGGGACCCCCAGCCCACUCGAGGUGUGGAGGGGAACACACUGCGAGUUAUCAAAUGUUUAUUGGAGAAUCUUGAGGAGGAAAUAGCCCAGGCCGAGAGUUCUCUGCUGCGGGCAGCAGCGUCCUGCCCACUCUAUGGGCGGGUCCAUUGUAUCAUUGGAGUUUUCCAGAAGCUGUCUCCAGACUUGCUGCAGUUGGCAGAGUGGAGGGACGUGGUGGAGAGGCUGCUGUCUGCAUCCUACCGGCUCUCAGCUGUGGUGGCCCCCAUCAUCCAGAGCUCGUCCCCAGAGGGCCUAGUCCCCAUGGACACCGACUCAGAGUCAACACAACGCCUCCAGAGGAUCCUGAGUGAGAUCCAGCCACGGGACUCCAACGGAUACUUUACUCAGGCCCAGGUGCUGAAGGGACACAGUGCCUUUGACUUGGGGGACUUGAGUGCCAGCGUGCCGAGAGUGGACAGCACUGAAGAAGUGACAGGCACAGCGUGUGACGUGACUGCACAAAUGGUGCUGGUGUGCUGCUGGAGGAGCAUGAAGGAAGUGGCCCUGCUGCUGGGGACACUGUGCCAGCUGCUGCCCCUGCAGCCUCUGCCCGGGCCUGCCUCUAUACUGCUGACAGAGGAGCAGGUGAGAGAAAUUGGAGACUACUUCAAACAGCACCUUUUGCAGUCCAGGCACAGAGGGGCCUUUGAGCUGGCUUAUACUGGCUUCAUCAAACUCACGGAAACGCUGACCAGGUGCCCGGAUGCCCACCUGCAGCAGCUGCCCGAGCACUGGCUGCAAGAAGUCUUAGUGGAGAUCCGGAGCAGCAACCCCUCCUCCAAGCUCUGUGCCACGCGGCGCAGUGCAGGGAUCCCCUUCUAUAUCCAGGCACUGUUGGCAUCUGAACCUAAGAAAGGCAAAAUGACCCUGUUGAAAAUGACAAUGAGGGAGUUACUGUCGUUGGCUGCCCCUGGUGAUGAGCUGCCCAGCACCGUCCCCCAGGUUCAUUCUCUGAACAUCCUGAGGGCCCUGUUCAGAGACACCCGCCUGGGAGAAGGCGUCAUUCCCUACGUGGCUGAGGGCAUGAAGGCUGCGAUUCUGGGCUUCACAUCCCCGGUCUGGCCGGUGAGAAAUUCAUCCACACUGCUCUUUAGUACCUUGAUCACGAGAAUAUUUGGAGUAAAAAGGGGAAGGGAUGAACUUUCCAAAAAAAAUAGGAUGACAGGGAGUGAAUUCUUCUCUCGUUUCCCAGAGCUCUACCCCUUUCUCCUCAAACAGCUGGAGGCCGUGUCCAGCAAUGUGGACAGGGACACCUGGGAGCUGAACCGUCACCCUGGCAUGUUCCUUCUGCUGCUGGUACUGGAGAGGCUGUACCCCUCACCCAUGGAUGGCAGCUGCUCUGCCCUCAGCCUGGCUCCUUUCCAACCCUUCAUCAUGAGGUGUGGCCGCUCCCCUGUCUACCGCCUCCGGGAAAUGGCCGCUCGAGCCCUGGUGCCAUUUGUCACAACAGAGGCAGUGCCCACUACUGUCCGUGCUCUGCUGGCCAAGCUGCCCAACCCCACCGAUCGCAGCAUCCGGCAGAACCACAUCCAUGGAGCACUGCUCCAGGUUCUUCACUUGCUGCAUGCCUUCUCAGAUGCCAAGCCCCGGGGGGGCGCCCACUGCCAGCAGGAGCUGGCCACCGUGCUGGUCUGUGCACAGGCCAAAGUGUGGCUGGCCAAGAGGCAGAAUCCAUGCCUGGUGACCCGGGCUGUGUACCUGGACAUUCUGCUCCUGCUGGCCCACUGCCUGGACACACCCACCGGGGGCCUUGGGCCAGCUCCAGGGCAGCCAGAACUCUGGAAGCAUGUCAGUGGGAUCCUAGAAGACUCGGAGCUGAAGACAGGCUUCCCCUCAGCCUGGGCUGCCCCCGGCCUGCCCCAGUACUUAAAGAGCCUUGCCAGGCUCGCCAUCACCGCAGCCUGCAGGGCCCCAGGCAGGGUUCAGGGGCGCACCCCAGCCCCCCUGGUCCUGCUGCUGGGGAGCAGCUUCCCUGAGAUGCGCCUGCAGACCUUGCAAGCCCUGGGGGCCCAGCUCUUGGCCAUACACCCCUGCAAGGACAGGCUGGCAGCCCUGGGGAGUGACGUGGCCAGGGCGCUCAUGAAGCUGGCUGUGCACGAAGAGGACCCCCAGUGUCUCCACCAGGUCCUCAGUGUCCUUCUCAGCCUGGACCCUGGGCAAUGGCUGCCCCAGAUGCAGCACUGUGAGAACCUGACCCCAGAGGCCAUCCUGAGCUGGACACUGGACAUUGCUGCUCAGAAGAGGUCUGAAGCCCAGUACAUGGCCCUGAGGCUCGCAUCCAGAGUGCUAGCCCUCCUGCUACAGCCUUGCAAGGAGACCAGCACCCCAGGGGCCCCUGUGAUGAGCCGGUGGGUGCAGCUGGUGGUUGCAUCCUGCGGUGAGCAGCUGCCCACAGAGUCCCGACUGGCUGCUGCCACUGCCCUGGCCAGCACUGCACAUCUUCUUGCUGGGCCCUGCCUCGUGCUAGGAUUGCAGGCCACACUGGCACUAUGGAGGAGUGAGCUGGCGCUCCUGCAGAGUGAGGAACAGACUGUCAGGGACGCAGCCUCAGAGGUGGUGACAAUAGCCCUGUCCCAGGAGACGACCCGUCAGCUCACAGAUUUUGCCUCCUGCCCGCUGGACGCCUCAAUGGCACUGUCCCUGGCUCUGACUGUGCUGAGCCACCUCCUCCAGAUAUGGGGCCAGCUAGGCACUAGCGUGCCCAUCCUACUGACGUGGGUGCUUGGCGAAGACCUCGAGGAAUGCCAGGAUGAGCAGCAGGGGGAUGAGGACCACCUGUUUGACAAAGACACUGUCAACUUGUGGGCAGAGCCUCUGCUGCUUGUAAAGCACCUGAAUGCACACCUAGUGCAGCUCCUGACAGAUGCCCCCCUACCCCCCUGCGACCCCGAGCAGCUCCAAGCCUUGCACAGCCGUGCCCAGGCCCAGUGCCACCUCCUCUCCCAGCGCCUGGGGCGCCUGCCCCCCAAUGCUGCCUUUCUGAGGACCCCAGAGUUCACACAGUUGCGCAUCACAGAAGAAAGGACUCAGGCCUGCCUGCGUCUGCUGGCCCAGCUGGGCUGAGUGUGGGAAGGGGCCCUCAGGCCAGGCCAAAGGCAGAAGGAAGACUCUGGAAGGAAGGUGGGGUGGGAACUCCGCCCCCUGGAUCUCACACAGCAUGGAUCCUGUCCCAAGGAGCUACCAAGUGCCUGUCCCUUGGCUUGUGCUUCCUGUGGUGGCCUCAGGGCUGGUGGAAUCCCUCCCCUAAAUUCAGGCUUUGUCCUGGAGCAUUGGCGACCACGCCUCCUGCUGGCCUCUGGGAGCACUCCGUGAGGCCCUGCUGUUCCAGGGCUUCCUGAGACAAGGCAGCAUAAAGGGCAUCCUGUGGCCAUUUCCCUAGAAUGCCAGGCACCUCAGCCAGCAGGUGGCACUCUUGCACACACUUUGUGAUUGUGGAGAAGUGUCACCAGGGCCUUGCCCACCAGGACCUGAAACCAGCCCAAAGUCAUCUCAUCACAGGAAAUCACCAGAACAGCCUGGACUGUGCAUGUGAGGCCCAUCACUGAGGCCAGGGGCAGCCCAGGGGACCUUGCCUCAUGGACAGAGCCCUGAGUGUGCAGGUGGCUGGAAGCACGAGGAGACGGCUGUGUCCUGAGUCGCUGUCCUGAAAACAGCUCUGCACCACUGGCUCAAAGCAUGUGAGUGGUCUGGGUAGUGUCUGUUCAGGCCUCAGGGCUGCCACACUGUUGGCACCAGGGAGCCUGGUAGGGGGCAGAUCUGGGCUCAAGGCCUGUGGUGGAGGGCAGCCUCUCUCCUCUGCACUUGAGUGAAAUAAAAGCAGUUGUGAUGGCA